AUGACCCAGUCGUUUGUGAACGGGGUCGGGUUGCCGCGUCAGGCUUUCUUUAACGGGUCUCCGGCCUGGUUGGUCGGGUCGGAUCUUAUGGCCGCGGCUCCCUGCGACCGGGCCAAGCAGGGACAAGUGUUCGGCCUCCAAACAAUGGUCUCCAUCCCGUCGGCCAACGGCGUCGUCAAGCUCGGGUCGACGGACCCGAUUUACCAGAGCUCGGAUCUGAUGAAUAAGGUUAGGGUUUUGUUCAAUUUCAGUGGCAGCAGCGGCGGGAUCGAAAGUUCCUGGGCUCCGCCGCCACCGACGCCGUGGAAUCCCGACCAGGGGGAGAACGACCCAUCUUCGCUCUGGAUCACCGACCCGGAAAUGAAGGACGGUUCCCACCUGGAAUCAGACGUCGGAGCGGGAAACAAAAGGAACCACAAUGCUUUUCAAUCCGAAGUACUCAUUGAACAUGGACGCUACACCAUGGCAUUCAAUGGCAUCCGAGAUCUUGAUUCCGAGAAACAACUCUGGUCAGGCCAUUGUCGCGUCUCUAGGGCAUGGUUGGGUGUCAAUGUGACGACAGAUAAAGUCCUGCAUUUCGAUCUCAUCUUGAUGGAUUCCAAGGGAAAUGAUAUAUGGGUGCAUAUCCCACCGGUGCUGCAAGAACACUUCAAACGAUUGCUGCAGGAACAGCAAAUGGCAUCUAAAUUGAAUGAUGUGGAUGUCCUCUCAGAUGUUGUUGGACAAGUAGUACAGCACUCGGAUGCCAUCAAGACAACGAAUCUUGCUAGGAAAACCAUUCGGAAGGAGCUUCAACUGAAACUAAUUGAAGGUGAUGUUGUCAAAUUUGUUAUCUGGGGAAGAGUUAUAGCUGAAUUUGAUAAGUUAAUCAAACCUGGUGAUGAUGAACAAGUCAUACUGGUUGUAACUGCUGUUUCUGUCAAACCCUUCCAAGGUGAACUUUGCUUUAAUUCUUCGGGUUCAACAGUGUUGUAUCCCAACCUUGAUAUCCCAGAAGUAAAGGCUUUCACAACCAGCAAUGUGCAACCACAGCAGCCCGUGUUUGUUGAAUUACCCCCACCCCCCUCCAUUCCUAAUGUUACUCUAUCGGAAUUGCUGGAACUUCAAUUGGACCCUGAUAAUGAGGAAUGUGUGUAUGCUGUCGAAUGCAAAGUCGUAGGAAUCAAGCCAUUUUGGUGUUACAUGGGCUGUCCAACCUGUGUGCUUAAACCCAUGGAAAGACAUGGAGAAUACUACUGUGUCAAAUGCAACAAGCCAACACCAACUAGAGCUGCCAAAUAUCGUAUACAGCUUGAUGUUGAAAGCAAUUCUGGGCCAGCUACCUUUAUCAUCUUUUUUUUUUUGGUAGAAACCUUUAUCAUCUUUGAGUAUGAAGCAAAACGCUUCUUUGGUGUCAGUGGUGAUGAACUUUUCAAUAAGACUGGUCAAAACAGUGAGGUACCCCCUGCAGAUCUACUCAAAAUGGUUGGUGUCACCAAGCUAUUUCAUGUCAAGUUCAAGAUAAAUCUCUACAGUGAUUCACAAGCUGAUUUCACCGUCUUAAAAAUCUUGGAACCCACAGCACAGUCUCCAGCUUCUGUUCUUCACAAAGAUGCCUCAUGCUCAUCAAUUACCAGUGGAGUUGAGUCCUCCCAAACUUCAUCUCAACAUUCCAUCCCAAUUCCAGCACAUCAAGAGGCAGACAAAGGCGUUUUUGUUGAUAUCACACCUGAUAAUAAACUGAAACGAAAGAUGCACCCAGAAUGA